AUGUCGCGAUUCCUUACACCAUCAAAAAUAUGCAUACUUCUUCUGGUACAAUUAUAUCGUGAUGGAAACGUCCCAUCGAAGAGUACGAUACCGCUUCUGUCGUUCAUCUCCAAGCACACCAUACACAGAUCACCACUCAACACCUCCAACCAAAACCCAUUGACUCCACCAUCAAUCGAGGACUUCGAGCUUUUGCUCGGAUCGCAUGAAUCUGCGGUCCCGGGACGGUCUUUGUACCAUUUAUUCGUCGACCACCUAUGGGCUAUCCACGACUUUGUGACAUUCACCGCAUUCCUCCAGGACCAGACUUCGGUGACGGCUUCGCUCGAAGAACAAGCUGAGGGCAGCAAGGCCAAGUUUGUAUGCAGUCCUACGAGUCCAAUCGGCCAAUUCGCGAGAAGAUGUCAUCUGGAGUCUGUAAGAUUACAGUUCAGUGAUGCAUACCAGCUCUGGGAGGAUCUGGUUGUCUUCCGCGAACCCACCAAGAGCAACUAUGUUGAGCGCAACCCAAAGUCGCCCUAUGCCAGUCAUUAUCCCGAUGCAGCAUCGGCCAAUUUAUUGCAGCCAGAUCAAGCUAAUGCAUCGGCCAUUCUCCUCGAUCGCAUGAACAAACAGGAUGGUCGACCCGUAGUACCGUCAAGUCUGGAUGAUGUUGAGAAAGUGAUGCACUUCCAGCUAGGGCAGCUGCAGAAGUUUGGUAGCAGAGUGUCUGGUGAGAUGAAAGCUCAGCUGAGAGUAAUGGUGGAGCAAGGGGCGUCGAAGCCUUCGGACAUGCACUUCAUCAAUUUCUUCGAUGCUUGGAGAAGCGGUGCAUACAACAAGGCUAUUGAGCUUCUUCAUCGUUACUUUGAUUACACCAUGGAGAGCCAAGGCACAGACCACAUCAAGACAUACCAUCAGUAUGCUUUACUCCAUCUUGCCGUCCUUCACGCAGACUUUGGAUGCUACGGCGAGGCAAUCUCCGCGAUGAACGAGUGUAUCGCGACUGCCCGUGAGAACCAAGAUGCUCGUUGUCUGCACUUCAGUCUUUCUUGGCUUGCCCACCUCCGAAAAGCGUAUCCCGAAUUUUCUCGUCUUGAGAAUGGUGGCGAGGGCAGUGAAUUGGCAGGCAACGAAAGCGACAUCAUUACCUUCUUGCAACAGAAAGCAGUCGAGAACAAGGAUUGGGCGACUCUCAGUAGCUCUCUGCUUAGCCAAGCUGAAGUCAACGUCGAAAGCGGCGGCAGUGUAGCCAGAGCUCUGGAACAGAUAUACCAGUCCAGCUACCUCAACAGCUUACACAAUGUGGCCAGCAUGAUACCCAGCCAGCUUCGACUCCAUUCCGCCAUCUUCAACAGACUUGGUCAAAUGCCUCUAGCAGAACACUACUGCAAGGUCAUGUACCAUAUUUUUCGCCAGGACGCCUCAAGGCCUGAUGUACUCAAUGUAGUGCUGCAGAAUGCGCAUAUGCACAGCAUUUUGGGUCAGUACGAUGAAGCAUACGAGCUUCUCAAGCAGAACGAUCCUUCAAAAGAAAAGACAUUACGCCUGGACAACACAUUCACUGCAUUCGCGGCAAUGAUCCGUCUCAGACGUGCCAUUCACCAACAAAUAGCAGACGCAGGCGUCAUCUUCGAAACACAUGUCCUCGAGAUUGAACUACUGAUGCGUCAGGGCAAACUGUCCAGUGCAUUUGACUGUAUCGAGAAGCAAGUAGCCGAAGCAAAGGCUGCGGAUAGUGCAGAUAUCGUACGUCGCAUCAAACUGCUGAUACUCAAGGCAAGGCUCUUUGCAAAGGCAGGCUUGCCGACUAAGGGCUUCAGUAUAGCAAUGCGAGCAGCUUCGUCAGCCCAGAGAGCUAUGAUCAUGCCGGCAAUGUGGGAGGCCGUGGGCGCUCUCUGUGUAAUCCUCAUUGACCUUGGCGAGUUUGAUGCGGCGAGAAGUCUGGUGGAUGCCAUUAUGCCGCAGGUUCUCGAAGGCGGCAAUACAGCUACGAUUGCACAGCUAUAUUCGAUUCUCACAGAUUCCUGUGUUGGACUCGCCGGCAAGACGUCUCAAACAAACCCGAAGGAAAGCUCAGAUCACAUUGAUGCCGCAUUCAUCUACCUUGACCGGGCACACGAAGCAUAUCGCAAGAUAGAGGACCUGGACGGAAUUCUGGAGAGUCUCAUGAAAAAGGCAAUGCUGUACAAACACAGAGACGACGAAGACAUGAUUGAAGAGAUGGAGCGUCUAUACAACAGCACGGUCCAGGAAGCGGAAAGAAGGCAGUUGGCGACGCAAGGGCAGGGGGUUUAG